AUGCUUUUUCUUCAUCAAUUAAAAGUUCUCCUAUGGAAAAAUUUUACUCUGAAAAAACGCAGUCCGCUUGUACUGCUAUUCGAACUGGUGAUUCCAUUGGUCUUAUUUCUUGUUAUGACGGGUAUUCGCAAAACUCAAGAAGCGUCUUUCAAUCCUCAGACUAAUUAUACAUCAAAUUUUCUCGAUCAUACUUACCGGCCGAAACCAUUUCCGUCAACGGGAGUUUUCUCAAUUCUUCAGUCAUUCUGUCCGAAAUCCGCACCUAGUAACGAACAAGGAUUUAGUGUCUUUCCGAAUGGAACAUCAACGGAGUUAUUGACAAAAAUCGAUCGAAUGUCUCGUACAAAUCCAUUUUUCACCCAAAAUUUUUCUAUGCACGAUAUUGAUGCAUUGCCUGACAUUUACGAAACGAUGAUCGAUCGUCCCGCUUUUAUUUAUGACUCACUAGAUAAUUUAACCUUUGCAUUCACAAAAAAUCUAACCCAAAUCUGUUCAUUCUUUGUUACACAAUUGAAUUACACCGAAGAUCAAUGUCACUUACUCUUCAACAAUACUCAAAUCAAUCUAAAUAAUUCAAGAUUUAAAAGAGAUUUCACAAUUCCGGAUAUUCUUCCUCAUCUAUUCCCGAAAUCAUCCAAUCGUCGGAAACGUGAUACGGAAGAUGAGUUCUCUUGGGUUGAACUCUAUUCACUGCUGGAAUCAUCAUUAGAACCAACGGAAUACCUUCAAGCAAUGAUCUUAUUGUCGAAAAUAUCUUCACAAAAAAGCUUGAAAAAUUUAACGCCGGAUGAACUUCGUUUAUUGGCAAAAAUAAUCAAAAUUUUGUUAUUUCAUCCAACUUCCCUAAAACGAGUGUUUUGUUCACCUGACAAAUUCGAUCUACUUUUUCAAUUUAACUCCACAGCGAUUAAUCGGACACAGCUUCAAGAACGCUUAUGCAAUAUGACAGACGAACAGUAUCAAGUGCUUUCAAAUUUAUUGAUCAGUUCCAUCUCCGAUGAUGAACUUAUCCAAGUGUUGCAGUUGAAUCAUGUAGAAAUUACUUCAAUGAUCUUUCAACUCGAUGAUUAUAUAGAUAAACUUGAAAAAUACGCUGUGUUCGAACAAGGUUUACAAGACUUAUAUGAUGUCGCUAGACUUCUUCGCACGAAUUCUUGCUAUAUUAAUAUAAAUAACAGUGAUACAUCAGCAUCAUCAGAAAUUCCAUCUUCGGAAAGUUUUAAUGGAAACAUUGACACAGUUGCGAUGAAUAAAUUAAAGAAUAAAAAAGGAUUUUUCCCCUUGUGGCUCGGUAUGCAAGAAGCCAUUUGUGGUGUGCAACCAAAAGUAAAUUAUGAUGCAGGUCAAGGAACAGCUGAUGAUGAAUUAACUGAUUUUGCGGAAUUAGGGAUAUCGGACAAUCAACAACGACAAUUAGGCCUCUUAUUCUACGUUCUCUAUGGGAAUUCGAUGAUUUUAUAUUCACCGAAUUCUUCACUAAUUAACGGUGUGAUUUCUAAAGCGAAUUCCACGUUCGUUUUACUUGAUACCAUAACUCGAUAUGCUCAUGAAUGGGCCAAUGUUUCCAAUACUUUAACGAAGUAUUUUCUCGCAAAUGGUACUGACAAAAAGGUUCAAUCUUUAAGACGUAUGAAAAAUUUUGUGAUUAAAUUUGGUCCUUCGCUUCAUCUUUCAUCCAUGGAUCGAAUUGUAAAUAUUCUGAAGAAUCUAAACGAUCCAUCGAUUGAUAAUUACAUGAAACAGAUCACAACAAUUGAUAAAGCUGCUUGUAGUUGGCGAAGUUUAAUAUCAGGAAUCAAUUUAAAUGUAUAUAAAGGCUUUGCUGACGAAACUGAUUUAGUUCAAUACUUUCUUCACCGUGCUUAUCAUGAUAAUUACACAGUUUUAGCCAGUGUGGUGUUUUCGAAUGUGAAUGGAAAUCAUACGAAGUUACCACCGAAUACGAUUUAUAAAAUUCGACAAAAUGCGUCACUGACACCAUCAACAAAACGCGUUCGAGAUCGAUUUUGGGUACCGUCACCAGCCCAAAAUGGUUNAAUUUAA